AUGAUAUGGGUGCUGACGUACCUGGCAUCCUACCAGCUCAUCGACUUGUAUGUAGGCAUUCUCUUCGUCGCGUUCUUCAAUUCCGACUCCGCCGACGCUCGGUUCCUGGAGGGCUUCUACUGGUUCUUCCGCUACUGCGUCGUCUCCAUGGUCUGCUCGGAGGUGAUGGCCGGCUCGUUCCCCGAGCUCUGGGGCGGCAGCGGUAACGAUGCCGCCAGCCGGCGCAGGAGAGGUUCACCACCGGUGCCAGCCAGGACGGCUUCCGCGCACGGGGACGACGGCCCCGACGAGUACGAGGACGCCGGCGCGGCCAGCCGGGACGACCAGCGGCAGCGGACGUCGGGCAGCGCCGCCUCCGCGGCGCGCUCCCUGCUGGACGACGCGCCGCGGCGGUUCGCGGACGCCUGGAGCGUGCGCUGCUUCUCCGCCUGCUUCGCGCUGCUCCUGGGCGUCUGCGCGGGGAGCCCUCUGCUGGAGGUGCGGACGCUCUGGGAGGGCGUGGCCGUGGACAGGAGCUCGCACUCGCUGAGGGACAUCUUCAGCGACAGCCUGCCCUCCCUGACCAGGGCGUACGUCACGGUGGCCAUCCAGCGCACUAAACGUACCCCACUCGCCUGGCAUAUCAGUGACGCCUUCUACAUUCGUAAGGCCAGCUCGCAGAAACAAGGGUCCGCCGCGAUGCGAUUGUUGCAUGGUGUGGACGGCGGCGGCAAGGUGUCUUACGCGGCGCUACAGUUGCAGGAUUGCUUCGACCAGAAGCACGCCAAGCUGUACAUCCGUCUAGUGCUGAAGUUUCGCAACGUUGAAUUGCAGGUGAUGGCAACCACGAAGAUGCUGGGACACCCGCGCCUGGCCGGCCAGGCGCCCAGAGGGAGCUUGGAGCGGCGUGCGCAGCAGCUCUUAGACGAGCCCGAGGGCAAAAGCCCAGGGCAGAGCCAAGGCGCGGGGCAGGCCGAGGCGCCCCGCACGGGCUGCGCCGGUGCAGGUGGGGUCUCCGUGCUGUGGAGGAGCCCGAUGGAGCGGGCAGCCCCGGGUGCCGCCGGGUGGCCCUUCCCGAGAGGGGCCUGGCUCGACGCGGCGCUGAACGGCGACCUGGUGCCGGGGCUGCCGCUGUGGGCUGGUGCACGGGUCCUGGCGCGCGUCAAGGACGACGACGGGGCGCCGCAGGGCGUCGAGAUGCUCGAAGUGGAGGUCGCCUACCAAGCGGACGCCUUCGGCCGUUUCUUCAAGGGGCGGCACGUGGGCGCCAGCGACCCGUACUUCUCAUGGUAUGCAGCCUCCUCCGGGCAGCAGGGCGCGCGCCCCCUGGCCACGGUCUUCCACCUCUGCAAGUGCAGCGCCGCCGAGUGCGGGGCGGUCGCCCCAGUGGGCGCAGUAGUCGAGCACUUGGACGUGUGGCAGGUGGUGGACCCCCGCGAUGUGGCCCGCGAGCAGGCGAAGCUCAUCUGCCCGGCCGCGGACCCUGGAGCGCCUGUGCUGGCCGACGCGCCCUCGGCCGAGCCGAUGCCUGGAGAGCUCGGCGGAUGGCCGCUCGGGGACGGGGCCAACGAGGACGAGGAGGAGCCUCGCGGGCCACCGCGCAAGCGAGCCCGCGAGGUGGAGGGCACCCAGACCCCUGGCGGACCAGGAGAUACGAGCCCGCUCGACCAGGAGCUUGCUGGGCUCGAGGAGACCGCCGAGGACCCCGAGCUCGAGGCGCGGCUGGCGCGGCUCGGGGGCAAGGCAGCUCGUGGUGGGCCGAGGCAGGGCACGCCCAAGAAUGCCGCGCGCCCAGCAGGGGCCGUGGGCGAGCGCCUGGCGCAGGUGGUAGCUGGCCGAGCCGCCGCUGCUGCCCCUGCGCGCGCCAGCGCCUCGGGAUCGAAGAGCAGGCUGGCGUCAGCGUUGACCGCUGCGCUCCUGGGGCGCGACGACGACGACGCGGAGGACGGCGCGGAGAGCGACACGGAGCGCCUCGGGGGCCGCGAUCGCUACCAGGGCGUGAACAUCAAGCGCGACUUGUUCCGCAGGAUCGCUCGGCAGCGGCCUGGUGCUCUCCUCGAGAAUGGGCUCGGCCACCUGCGCAGCCAGUUCACCCAGCAGCUGUCCGCGGGCGAAGCCGACCCUCUGGCCCCAUGCGUCACGCAGUUCCUGAACACGGUGUUCUUCGUUGCUCACCCGCCGCGCACGCUGGGGACAGACGAGGUGCGGGUCCUCCGCACGCUGGGGCUGGCGCUCGACGGCAUCCUGCGCGGAGAGGUCGUCGAGACUGCGGAUCUGCUCAUGCAGGAGUUCAAGGCGCGGACGAUGGCCAUCCGCGACGGGAACUGGCGGUCAGCACGGUGGCUCACGCUGGUCGCACAGGAACAGCUUCCAUCAGGCGCCUCUCUGGACGAGGAGAACGCCGCCGAGAAGGUCGAGGCCCGGGAGCUGAAGGUCGCCGAACUCCGCCAGCGGCUUGCAGACCGCAGGACCAGCCGCAGUCCCACGCGGUCAGUCCAGCUCCUGAGCGACUCGGAGGGGGACCUCGACGCAGCAGCCGCCGCCCGCGUGCCACCAGCGGAGGCGGCGGCGAGCCGGAGCUUCUCGCAGCACAAGGCGGCCCACCCGAGGCGCGAGGGCGAGACCCAGGACGGCCUGGGUUCGAGCGUGAGGGCCGACACGGCUAAGGCCGCGGCCCACAGCAUGCCCCCGCCUGCCCUCCGCCCGCCUGAGCGGCAGCUACGCGGCAGUUCGCAGGCUCGGCGGUGGCGCCAGAUGCUAGCCGAGGUGGGCACGGGCGUCAGCUCCAAGUUCAGGCUGGCCCUCGCAGUCCACGAGGCGGUGCACGGCUCGCCAGGGGCGAUCGGGCGGUACGUUCGUAGGAUGUGCACUUCGCCAGACCCCACGGCCAGCUUCGCGCGGCUGCGCGAGGUGUUGCCGUUACCACUGCCCGACGCCCCACUCUUCGAGAGGUACCGCGCCGCCUGGCACUUGCACCAGCAGCUGCCGGAGACCUGCGAGGUGGACACCGCCACGGCGCAGGGGUGGGCCCAGCUCGUGGUCUUCAGCCUGAACUACCAGUACACGGGGCACAUGCGCAGCCCCACCGUCGCCGCGAGGCGGCCCACGGCUAGCCAGGUUAGUGCGCUCGGCAUUGUGCAGGAGGCCUGUGAGUAUUUCGUUCAGGAUGCCGCCACAGCCUUCGAGCUCCCGGACUGGGACCGGGUCAUCUCGUCGAGGACCGUCUCCUACGGGGGCGAGGAGACGGCCCGCGCCUUGCCGCUCUCGCUCGCGGGCAUCAUGCCAGGCCUCCCCGCGCGCGGCGUUGCCGCCUCGGUCAAGGCGGUCGACAUCGCGGACGCUCAGGUGGGCGCCUGGCUUGCCGACCCCACGCUGGCUUUGCUCCCACGAGAUGAGUGGCCUGCAGAGGUCCCGCGGGCAGCGAUCCAGGUCACGUCCAAGCAGGAGUGGUACCGCAUCGGGACCAAGCUCGUCGAGCUGGGGCUGGCGGCGCCGAUCGCCGACGACCGCAUCUUCAAGGUCGGGAACCGCAAGGUGCUUGCGGGGGCGUUCGGGGUCGCCAAGGGAGGCACGCCGUCACCUGGGCAGGCGUGCGUCCAGCGGUUAAUCAUCAACAUGGUCCCGGCCAACAGCUACCAGCGCAUCAUGAGGGAUGACAUCGGGACCCUUAGCGCGUCGCCCUCGUGGGUCGCCAUCCCGCUCCCAGAGGGCCACAUGCUGCUCUGGUCCUCGGAUGACCAAGCCUCCGCUUUCUACUGCUACGAGCUGCCCGAGGCCUGGCAGCCAUACAUGACCCUCGCGGAGGCGAUCCCGAACGAGCUCAUCGGUGUGCCGGGUCCUGGGAAGACUCACCUCGCGCUGCGCGUCAUCCCGAUGGGCUGGAUCAACGCGGUCACGGUGUUUCAGCACUGCCACAGGCGCCUCGGGUUCGGCUCUCGCCCCCUCGCUGCGGGGUUUCCCGCAGAGCUCGAGUGGCGCAAGGACCGGCCGCUUCCGUUCAAGUCGAAGGAGCUCGAGCAGCAGUGGAUCCAGUACUACAUCGACGACUGGGACCAUGGCGAGGUGGUGCCCAACGCGAUGGUCGCGGAGCUCCUCGGCACGAUGAGCUGCGCGCAGGAGGAGCAGAGGGCCGCCUACGGCCGCUCGGGGAUCAGCGUCGCCCCCGGCAAGGCCAAGCACCGCGCGCUGGUCCUGGAGCGGAUGGGCGCGGGUCUUGACGGGGCCGUCGGCCGGGUCGGAGUCACGACCGAGAAGCUGCACCAGCUGCUGGCGUUCAUCCUGUGGGGCAUGGGCAGGCAGGGCCUCUCGUCACAGGGCAUGCUCAUGAUCCUAGGCAGGUGCGCCAGGGCAGCGGAGUUCAGGAGGCCUUUCAUGGGAUUCCUCAACAGCGUGUGGGCUGCUGGACGCUGGACGCGUCCGCAGACUGUUCCCCUUGGCAUGUGCGACGAGCUCUUGGGCUUCGCGAUGGCGCUGCCGCUGGCCUACACUGACCUGCGCGCGAAGAUCGACACUUGUGUCAUAGCGACCGAUGCCAGCGAGCGCGCCGGGGGCAUCUGCCACACGGCCGGGCUCUCGGCGCAGGGCGUUGCGUGCGCGAGAGGGGGAGCUUCGGCUGUGACGUUGCGGCCUGGUGCAGUUGCGGCCCCUGUGCGGGGUGUGCGGUGGCGCCCUCGCAUAGUUCUCAUCGAGCUCUUCGCUGGCGCCGCGGGGGCCGCGGUGGCGGCCUCCAGACUCCCGAUCGACGUGAUGGCCCAUGUCAGCUGCGAGGUCGAGCCCGCCGCCCGGCGACUGGUGCGUCGCCGCUGGGCGGGCGUGAUCGAGCUUGGCAACAUCGAGGCCGUCGACACGGCGCGGUUUACUGAGAUGCUGAAGGGCUACGCGCGGGACGCCGACUGGGUCGUCCUGACCGCGGGGAGCCCGUGCCAAGACCUGGCGAGCAUCAAUGUCGUGGGGACCGGCCUGGAGGGGUCGAGGUCGAGGCUCUUCUUCCGGGUCCCCGAGCUGAUCCAGGCAGCAGAGGCUGCCUUUCCCAAGCGCACCAUGUGGUUCGUUGAGAACGUGUUCAGCAUGACCUUAGAGUCGAGGGCGGAGUUCACCAGGGCGCUUGGCGUCACACCCGUUUUCCUCGAUGCCAGGUGUCUCACUCACGUCAGGCGGCCCCGCCUGUACUGGUGCUCGUGGCCCGUUACGGCGUUCUUGGCGUCCGACGCCACCGUCGAGACCAAGGGUGUGGGUGAAGCCACGUACUUCAAGGUCUCGCUUGCGGUGGAGAGGCUCCCACUGAGUGCCUCGCUCCUGGAGGGCUGGUCGACGCUGGACCCUGAGGCAGACCUCCCUUGUUUCACGAGGCCGAUCCCGCGGAGUCACCCGCCGUUUCGGCCCGUGGGCCUCGACCGCGCCUCGGUGAGGGCUGCAGAGCGCUGGGCUGCCGACAGCUACCGUUACCAGGUCAACAACUACGAGGACGGCAGCCUCAUCUGGGAUGCAAGGCGUGAGCGGGGCCGGCUGCCCGUGCCUGAGGAGCGUGCUGCCCUGAUGGGGUUCGACCGUCUCUAUUUCCAGGCCGCUGUAAAAGAUAGUGCACCUGCCGCCGAGCGUGACAGCGUCAUUGAGUCUCUGAUCGGGAAUACGUUCUGCGUCCAGGCUGUCAUGUAUCUUCUCGGCUCGUGGCUCGCUCAGGUGGGGGCGCUAGCGGCCGCCAUCCCGGGCAGCAGCUGCCUCGCUGUGGGCACGUGCGAGGCGAACUGGAACGUGGUUCCCGACUUCCAGCAGCCGGGACAUCGCGACCCGCGGUUGGAACGCAGCCUGAUCGUGGAGUUCCUGAGGGUCGCGGACCGCGGGGGCACGGACGUCCGGCUUGACACCGGGGCACCCUACCGAGCCCGCGCGUGGCCGCGGGCAGCUCUCCGUACGCACCUCUGGGCCUGGCGGAUCGCCAAAGGGUUUCGCUGGCAGCGGCCCGGGCACAUCUCGGCGCUGGAGCUGGAGGCUGCAGUGGCUGGAGCGCGCUGGAGGUGCCGAGCGGUUGAGAACCACCGCUGCCGCUACCUGCACAUACUGGAUGCCCAAGCGAUCGCGGCAGUCAGCACCAAGGGCAGAUCGAGCGCGAGGGCUUUGCAGCCCGCGCUCCGCCGUCUCAACGCCCUCCUCCUCGCGACGGCAGGGUACCCGCUGUACGGCUACUGCGACACCGACGACAUGCCCGCCGACACGCCGUCCCGCUGGAGCUUCGGCCGCCGCUGCCUCGCUCCCAGUGCGGCCGCCGGCAAGGGCCAGGUGAGCCGGGUCACAGCUCAGGCGAUGGCGCGACGAGCUGCAGCGAGAUCCCAACCGCUGAGGGAGGCGAUGGUCACGCCACUCACCCUGCAGCGGUACCGUGCGGCAGUCGAUGAAGUCGUUGAUUUCUGGAUCCAGGAGCACCGGCAGCCGCAGACGCCCGCUCAGGUCGACGCUGGCGUGGCCGCCUUCAUUGAGAGCCGCUGGCUGAGCGGAGGAUCUUUGUUCGAAGUUAAUAAUGCUAUUGCUGGCAUCACGCACGCUUUCCCGCCCGUGCGAGGGCACCUGCGGGACAGCUGGCGCUUGGCCAAGACGUGGCAACGACUGGAGCCAGCUGGGCGGGCGCUGCCGAUUGGUCCGCUGAUCGCGGCAGCAUUCGCUGGUGCAUUUGCAGCCGUAGGCCAGCUCGGUGCUGCGGCGGUGCUGGCUGCGGGCUACGAUGCUUUCCUCCGGACGGGUGAGAUGACCUCGCUCGUGUGGUCCGAUGUACAGCUGUACCCACUCCGGCGAAUGGCCGUGCUGCAGCUGCGCAACGCCAAGAGCCAGCAUCAGACUGGUGCCCGAGAGUUCGUGCUCGUGCGGAGUGGCGUAGCGGUCGCCCUCCUUGCUAGAGCAAAGGCUCAGGCGCACGGACAGGACUUGUGCCUCGGAAUGGAGCCAAACAGUUUCAUAAACACUUUCAGCCGAGUGCGUGAGCUGCUGGAACUGCAGGAUGCUAAGCUCACCCUCUACAGCUGGCGGAGGGGCGGCGCCUCCGCCGACUUCCGCAGCCAUGGCUCCAUGGAGCAGACGCUGCUCCGAGGCAGAUGGGCCUCGGCGCGCACGGCCCGCUUGUAUGUCCAGGAUGCCGUCGCCGAGGCCACUCAAUUAAAUCUCUCGCCCGCGCAGCGGAAGCGCUGCGGCCUGCUCGC